UUUCCUCGACCAGCGGCGAAUUGCAGAACGUCUCCAGCUCCGGGCGCAAGAAAAGGAAUAUUAUUAUUAUUUUAGUGGACAUCUUAAUAGAAUUAGUACAAGAUGGUUGUAUCCGUGAAGGUAUUUAAGAAGGCCACGCCCAACGGCAAAGUGACCUUCUAUUUGGGCCGUCGUGACUUCAUCGAUCACUUGGAUUACUGUGAUCCCGUCGAUGGCGUUAUCGUUGUGGAGCCAGACUAUCUGAAGAAUCGCAAAGUAUUUGGCCAAUUGGCCACCACCUAUCGCUAUGGCCGCGAAGAGGACGAGGUCAUGGGCGUCAAGUUCUCCAAGGAGCUGAUCCUGUCGCGGGAGCAAAUUGUGCCCAUGACGAAUCCAAACAUGGAAAUGACGCCCAUGCAGGAGAAACUGGUGCGCAAAUUGGGCAGCAAUGCUCAUCCGUUCACCUUCCACUUCCCACCCAACUCGCCCAGCUCUGUGACGCUGCAGCAGGAGGGCGAUGACCUGGGCAAGCCACUGGGCGUGGAGUACACCAUUCGCGCCUUCGUCGGUGACUCCGAGGACGAUCGCCAGCACAAGCGCAGCAUGGUCAGCCUGGUGAUCAAGAAGCUGCAGUACGCGCCGCUGAAUCGUGGCCAGCGCUUGCCCAGCUCGCUGGUCAGCAAGGGCUUCACCUUCUCCAAUGGCAAAAUCAGUCUGGAGGUGACACUGGACCGCGAGAUCUACUAUCACGGCGAGAAGGUGGCGGCCACGGUGCAAGUGUCCAACAACUCGAAGAAAUCCGUGAAGAGCAUCAAGUGCUUCAUUGUGCAGCACACCGAGAUCACAAUGGUGAAUGCGCAGUUCAGCAAGCACGUGGCACAGCUGGAGACCAAGGAGGGCUGCCCCAUCACUCCGGGCGCCAAUCUGACCAAGACCUUCUACCUGAUCCCACUGGCGGCCAACAACAAGGAUCGUCAUGGUAUCGCUCUGGAUGGCCAUUUGAAGGAUGAGGAUGUCAACUUGGCUUCCUCCACCAUGGUCCAGGAGGGCAAGUCCACGGGCGAUGCUUGCGGUAUUGUCAUCUCAUACUCGGUGCGCAUCAAGCUGAACUGUGGCACGCUCGGAGGAGAGAUGCAAACGGAUGUGCCCUUCAAGCUGCUUCAGCCGGCACCUGGCACCAUUGAGAAGAAGCGCUCGAAUGCCAUGAAGAAAAUGAAGUCCAUUGAGCAGCAUCGCAAUGUCAAGGGCUAUUACCAGGACGACGACGACAAUAUUGUAUUCGAGGACUUUGCCAAGAUGCGCAUGAACAAUGUCAACAUGGCCGAUUAGUUCCGAUAAACCAUAUAUAGAUAUAUAUAUGUAUAAUGAUAUAACCGAUCGAAAGCACUGAAAACUUGUUGCAGCAGUCUCAUAGAGGCCACAAUAUUUGUAUUAUAAUCGUAUCGUGUAGCGCGCUCUCCUCUAUUCUCUACAAACCUUGGUAGAUCUGGAGUUUUUAAUGUUGAAAUGUUGAAACGACCUCGUGUCCUUAUAUAUUUUAAUUAAAUGUUAAUUGUCUUAUGGCUAUCUACAACA